GAUGAGAAGCAGCUGAUGGGUUUCCACCAGGAGUUGGAGGAUGUGACAGAGGACCAGCUCAGCCUGGCCUCCAUCCACUACAUGCGCUCCCACUACCAGGAGGCCAUCGACAUCUACAAACGCAUCCUGCUGCAGAACAGAGACUUCCUGGCCCUGAAUGUGUAUGUGGCUCUCUGCUACUACAAGUUGGACUACUACGAUGUGUCCCAGGAGGUGCUGGCUGUUUACCUGCUGAGCGUCCCAGACUCCACCAUCGCUCUCAACCUCAAGGCCUGCAACCACUUCAGGCUCUACAACGGAAAAGCAGCAGAGACAGAGCUGAAAAACCUGAUAGAUAUCUCCUCCAGCUCCUUUGAAUUUGCCAAGGAGUUAAUCCGACACAACCUGGUGGUGUUUCGUAAUGGGGAGGGGGCCUUGCAAGUGCUGCCUGCACUGAUUGAUGUCAUUACUGAGGCUCGUCUCAAUCUGGUCAUCUACUACCUCAGACAAGAUGAUGUCCAGGAGUCCUACCAGCUCAUCAAAGACUUAGAACCCACCACACCACAGGAGUACAUCUUGAAGGGGGUUGUAAAUGCUGCACUUGGACAGGAGAUGGGGUCAAGAGAUCAUCUGAAGAUUGCUCAGCAGUUUUUCCAGCUGGUUGGUGGCUCAGCUAGCGAAUGUGACACCAUCCCUGGCAGACAGUGCAUGGCUUCUUGUUUCUUUCUGCUCAGGCAGUUUGAGGAUGUGCUCAUCUACCUCAACUCUGUCAAGAGUUACUUCUACAACGAUGAUGCCUUCAACUUCAACUAUGCACAGGCCAAAGCUGCUGUUGGCAACUACAGGGAGGCAGAGGAGAUCUUCCUGUUGAUUCAGAAUGACAAGAACAAGAGUGACUAUGUGUACCUGAGCUGGCUGGCACGCUGCUACAUUAUGAACCAGAAGGCCCGUCUGGCCUGGGAGCUCUACAUGAAGAUGGAGACCUCAGCAGAGUCCUUCAGCCUCCUGCAGCUCAUUGCCAACGAUUGCUACAAGAUGGGCCAAUUCUACUACUCAGCAAAGGCAUUUGAUGUCUUGGAGAGAUUGGACCCCAACCCUGAGUACUGGGAGGGCAAAAGGGGGGCCUGUGUGGGUAUCUUUCAGCUAAUUUUGGCCAGCAGAGAACCCAGGGAGGCUUUGAAGGAAGUGCUGCCCUUGCUGAGGCACACUGGGAAUCCUCAAGUGGAAUACAUCAUCAGGAUUCUGAAGAAAUGGGCCAAGGACAACAGGGUUUCUCUGUGAUGUUAUCAUUCCGUACUUAAGAAUGCAUAGCCUAUAUGAAGAAAAGGGUCCUUUGGGCAAACUGACAGUCAAAUGCAAAAAUUCACCAAAAGUGCCAGUUUGUUUCAUUAUACAUUCAUCUCUUUCCUGUUUGUUAUUUUGUUAGUACAUUGUAUUGGUGUCAUUUUUUUGCACAUUUAUUCUGUACAUAUUU